AUGGGCAAUAAGAUACUCCCUAGCAACACUCGCUUGGGCUGCUUCUGGAAUCGACAACGAAAGCGCAUUAACAAUCUCCUCGGCGCGGAAGAUAAAAAAGCUGUGAAGCGCGGCCGUAUUAAUCUGAAGGAGAGUGCAGUUUCUGCUGCCAAGACGGGUAUGCCUUUCCAGCAUCCAAUUUUCAGCAUGUCUUCUCUGAGAAAAGAGCGAGAUAAAAAUGCUCCUAUAGUCAGGGUCCCAGCUCAGAUGCUGCUCUACUGCGUCGCCAAACUCUUGGAGAGUAUCGUCUUCCUCCUGUUCGUCCCCUUCACCAUCAUAUAA